CCUUGUCCGUCCAUCCAUCUAAUCCUCGCCGCCGCUGCCACCCACUCUCCCUUGUUCCUCGGGAGCUUGUCCCAUCGCCGCUGAUUCCCUCCCUCAUCGGGAUCCACAUCCCACCAACCACCACAGCCCGAGCUCCACCUUGUUUUCCCCACCGGACCAAUCCAUCCCAGCCAUCUCGAUCCCCACCAAGAUCCUCCUCGCCACCGCUCGCAGCGUCUCCUCCUUGCUACGCAAGCUGCACGAGCGCAGCAGCCGCUCUGGCACCAGGCCCCCGCGCCCGUCUAGAUCGAGACCACCAGCGAGUCUCCCCAUACCCGCGCGUCCUUUGCCUCACCGUCAUCUUCGCGUGCCAUGCCGGAGUUCCACCUCGCCGGAGACCACCGCCGCUCCACCUCGUCUCCAACUCCGGUCACAGCUCCGGCCCGCUCGAAGCCCACAGGAGCUCCGCCCCGACGCCAUGGCCGUCCUCUUCUCCAAGUCAGCCGCCGCCAAGCUGUCGUGGCUGCGCCAUCGCACCCUUGCCUUCACUGCCGCGACCCGCGCCAUCCCCGGCGAGCAAGCCGCCAGCAGCGCUGCAACCGUCCUCGUCCACACGCUCGAGUCAUCGAGCGAGGACCUUGCCGCAUACCUGCCCAAGGACCACCCGGUCUACCUCCUCCGGCCACAUCCCCGUCGUGCCGCCAAGGAGCCAGGGUCUCCGCCUCCUUCAGUUUGUCGAGUCGCCGAUUCAAUUCGCGCCCCGACCCCGAUCUGGACUGGAUCUCCUCUACUCCGCUGCCCAGUCACCGAAUACGCCACGUUCGGGUCGGUUCCGGCAGACCCCGUCGCCAGAACUUCCCCUAUCACCGUCUUCUGCAUCGCCAUGAACGUGUUGCUGACUCUGUUCCUCGUUCUUCAGUAACGAGCAGCAGGAGCCCGCUCUCUCACGUUGACCACUAAGGGCGCCCCGGUUGGCCUCUGCAGCCGCAACGCCUAAGGACCGCUCCAGCGCCCCGCUUGGGCCUCUUCCAGAGCCGGCCCAGCUCUAGAUUCGGCCAGAUCUGGCCCGAUGUGAGCACCGACCCAAAACCCUCGCUCUUUAGCGAUGUUCAGUUAUCGUGCGCUCACAGUUUCGGCCCGAUAGUGUUUUUUUCCUGUCUGCAAUUUUAGCAUUUAUCCAGAGAUUUUCUGUUUUGUAGAAAACCCCGCCAUGUUCACGCAUUUAAUAACAAAAUAACCAUGCAUCAUAUGUAAAAACUUUAUACAUGUAAAAUGCUUAGAAUUUCAUCUAGUUUCAUAAUUUGCUACUUUCAUCAAUGUUUAAAUUUUUUUAGUUGUUGUUUACAUUUAAUUUACUAAAUGACAUUCUAAAAGGGUUUAUUUCAUAACUAAAUAACCGUAGCUCCGAAUUAAAUAAAUUAUAUAUGUAACUUGCUUAGAAAAACUGCAUAGAUUAACAUGGUGGCAUUACUUUGCAUGUUUAACAACUUUAAAA